CUGGGGCACGCGAGCGAUCUUGCCUGGAGCAGCGAGAGGGAGCGGGGCAGUUCAGACGGAGGGGAGAGAAGGCAUGAGAGGGGGACAGUGCGGGUUCCAGAGCAGGGAAGUGCCUACCCCCCCUGUCAGCUCCUGCUUCGUGAGGCUCCUCCGGGCAUGCUCCUUAAGCCAAAGUAUGGCCGCUUUCGCAAUGAGUCUGUGACCUCCUCCUCCGACGACCUGAUGCAGAGCCUCGCCAUGAGCAGCAAAGUCGUGGCCACGCCGGUGGUGGGCUCCGGCCCCCCGAACCUCCCCCUCCCUCCCCUGCCUCCUCUGGACCCCGGCUCCAGGUCCUCCUCCUCGGCCGGGGCCGCGGCCCUGGCGGACUCCCCCAACCUGGACGGGGAACAGGAAGUCACCACAACCUUCUGCAUGCUCAUCCCCAAGAUGCCCCAGUGGAAGUUUUCCAACUCGCUGCUCAGCCGGAGCCCGUCGAACUCCAGUUCCAGCACCAAGGACUCCAGCAAAGCCCCGAUAUCUUCAUCUUUUAGGGCCGGCGGUGGACCACCGGCCAGUGGCCCGGUGGCCAGCCUGGCAGCUGUCCUGAACUCCUGCGACCCGGUGUGCGUAACCCCCUGUUCCCUGCAGGCUAUCCGAGGGCAGAGAGCGGUAGUAGCGGCAAAUUCGCAGGGAUUCGGUGCCGCCGAAAUUACGGCCAGCCCAGGUUCUUCGGGCGGCUCCGGAUCGGGACCGAACUGCCGAACUAGGAUAGACGGUGUGUGUCUGGGCGGAGAGGAGUUCAACCAGAAGGGCAGCUUCAUCCACAAGCCCUCUCAAGGCUGGCUGCACUCCGAUAAGAAGAUCGCGGGACAAGGGGCCUCUUACAUCGUCAGGUACAUGGGUUGCAUUGAAGUACUGAAGUCGAUGCGCUCCCUGGACUUUAACACACGGACUCAAGUGACAAGGGAAGCCAUCAACAGACUUUGUGAAGCUGUUCCAGGAGGGAAGGGGGCUUGGAGGAAGAAGUCGGUCAUGGGGAAGAGCAACCUGCGGUUUGCGGGGAUGAGCAUCACAGUCAACAUUUCCGUAGAUGGCCUCGGUCUGCUCAUCCCAACCACGCGGCAGGUUAUAGCACACCAUCCUAUGCAAUCCAUCUCAUUCGCCUCCGGAGGAGACACAGACACACCUGAUUAUGUCGCAUAUGUUGCCAAAGACCCAGUGAAUCAGAGAGCGUGUCACAUCCUGGAGUGCUCGGAUGGUUUAGCCCAAAGCGUCAUCAGUACCAUCGGCCAGGCCUUCGAACUGCAAUUCAAACAUUACCUACACAGCCCUCCGAAAAGCAUGGCCUCCGUGGAAAGGCCUGUCAGGAUCGACGAACCUAUGUGGGGGGAGGACGACAGUUUUUCCGAACACGAUUAUUACAACAGUAUUCCAGGGAAGGAGCCUCCUGUUGGGGGCGUUUUGGACUCGAGACUCAGGCCUGUUGGUGCCUUCCUGGGUCACAUCCACGCUCAAAAACAGAGCAGGACUGCAUCCCAGAUGGGCUCACCGGCCAGGAGGGAGCAGGCAUCUUACCCGCCCGGUCAGCUGUGUUACGAGCUCCACUGGGACACUGAACACAGCUCAGAUGGUUACCUGUGGGCCGACGGUCAGCCAUCUGACAGCAAGGUUUAUGAAGAACACCAAUAUGUAAACACCCAGACCCUGGAAAACCUAGACGUGCACACACAUGGUCCCGAUGGACUCAGGAGGUCCAGGGUACCUGACAGUCCCAAGAAGGACAUCUUUGACAUGAGUGAGCCCUUACGGCCGUUUGAGGAUGCCCUGAAACUCCACGAGGCCUGUGGUGGAGCCGUCGGGUCAGGUGGAUGUGGCCCACAGGCUGGAGGGGGAGGGUUACGAAUCGUGGAGGAUCAGUGGCCCAGCCCCCCAAGGCGCAGAGCCCCCGUCGCCCCCAAUGAGGAGCAGCUCCACAUGGAGGUCUGGUACCACAGCCGAAUGAGCCGAAGGGAUGCGGAGAAACUCCUGGUCCGAGACGGAGACUUCCUUGUCCGGGAAAGCACCACCAACCCUGGGCAGUACGUGCUAACAGGCAUGCACUGUGGCCUACCCAAACACCUCCUCCUCGUGGACCCCGAGGGAGUGGUCCGGACCAAAGACAUGUUAUUCGAGAGCAUAAGUCACCUUAUAUCAUUCCACUUGAAGAAUGAGCUGCCUAUAGUGGCAGCAGAAAGUGAGCUCCAUCUCAAACAGGUGGUCAGGAGGAAGCAAUAA